AUGGAAGAAGAAAAGGAAGAGGUGAAGGCAAUGGUCUCAUCACAACCAGAACCAGAUACCCAACUCACCAAUGUUGAUGUGAAACAGUACUCUUCGCCUGAUGACUUAGAGACCUUCUACGUCAAACUCACUGACUUGUUGGACUCCUCUGGAUACACUCUCAUUUUGAAUGUGAGAAAAACAUGCAUAGAUUUGUACCAGUUUUACUUGGAGGUCACCAAAAGAGGAGGCUAUCACCAGGUUCGUAAGGAAAAGAAAUGGGGUGAAAUUGUUUCAGCACUAAAACUGGAAGGAAACAAUGCAAGGUUUCCUGCAUCUCAAACUGCAACUGGCAGCACCAAAGGUUCAGCUAAAAGGAAGCAGGGAUCAACAUCAAGUUUGUCCCAAUUAAUGGAUGAUGGAGAUUAUCCGACAGAGGCAGAGAUAUCAAAGGACUGCCCUACCAAAGUGACAGCAAUACCUGAAGUGCUCCUACAAACACCAUCAAAGGACAAAGAAAAGAAGAAAAAGCGAGGUUGUCCUACGGGACGAAGUGGUUAUCAAAUUUUCCUCAAGCAGGAAUGUGCCCGAUUAAAAGCUUCUGGUCAGGACAUAGAUAGCAAAGCCAUCCUGCGCAUGGCUGUGGAAGAAUGGAAUAAGUUGUCAGACAUUGAUAAACAGCCAUAUGUGGAGGAAAGCAAGAAGAUGAAGGAACAGAAGAAGGAUGCAUUGAUGACUGACAAUAAUAAACAGAAGAGCAUUCAAGAUCUUAAGAAGGAUGAAAAGAAGGCUAAUGUGUGUUGUGGUGACUACUACUAUGUAACUUUGCAACCUCAAGCAAAUAACCCUCUUGUCAACAAUGCAGUAGUGGACUUGGCUUUUAAAAUGACAGAAAAAACAUCCAAGGACCCCUUCUUCCCAUUUGAUUUGGAUGCUUAUCGUUCAGUAGAUUUGCUAACUGGGUUAGCAAUAGGAGAACCCAAAUAA